GCCAAAGUGGCCUAUGAUACAACCAUCCGCCGGUGGUACAGCUUUUAUCAAUUUGUAGAUAUCUCAGUCCCUUCCUCCACCAAGAGUGAUCAUCGCCGUUUACCUAUCGGAAUCCGACUCCUUUGUUCAAACUUGGUCGGCCGUGCCGUGUUCAGAACUCUCAAUAUCGGCUGUGACCCAUGUCCAAGCGGAGCUACGAUAGCAGUGCUCACGAGAAACGCAUUUCCAAGUAUCGUGUCAACGAUGACGAUUUGUUCGAAUAUGUCCUUCGUGUAGCUAUCCUCAGCUAUGUCAUCCAGCCGAAAGUAUCAAAUCAUCACGCUAACACCUCCGAGGCAAAGGAGAAGGAACAUCAUUCAAAAUUCUCAGGAGCCAUAUCCAACUCCAUUGUAUCCAUAGGUGAUAUAUUCAAGGACCUCAGGGAUGGGUCGAAGAGUGUCAAGUUUCCAGAGAAACUCCUCAAAGUCUUGGAGCAGAGACUGCAGAAUAUAGCAAUGGGGAAAGAUGCUGCGUAUUCUGACCAAUUAACAAGGCGAACUAUGGCCGUUUUCUAUGGACAGUUCAUGGGGGACCCUUUCAGAAGGCAGAUGAAGGAAAACAGGAGCAUAGAGGAGUUGAUCUUGAUGUUUGCUUCACAAGCCACCAGCGUGCUCAGGAAGGAGCCCACACUCGCUGAUGAUGGAUGGAAGGUUGAGGUGAACAACCAAAUUGCGCAGUUCGUGAGGAUGCUUCGGGAUUGCUUGAAGACUCUCAGCCAUGUUUCGCCCGAGCUCAAUUCACGCCUGGAUAUGUAUCACGCCAAACUUGCGCCGCCGCAGCCUUCGAAUGAUUCGGGGUACGACUCCGCAUCCGUGUCGCGGGAUUCCAUCAGUACACAGCCGAGCAUCAGCCAAAGCGUUUCAGAUAUGCCCUUUGUGAUGAUUGUGGCACGCCUGUUCAAGAUUCCUGAGAGCGCCAUGCAGAGCGAGGUGGAUCGGAUGCGGAAAACAUGUACAGAGAAGACUUGCCUGAAGAAUAUCAAUGCUGGCGCGCCAUUCCCUGGUAGAAGGGAAGACUUCAGCAGUGAUACUGCGUGGAAUCAUUGGCGCACUCAAGAAACCUCGAUUCUCUCCCAGCUCAUGGUAGCGAUGAUGUCGCUUAAUCCCGAACUUGCUAAGUCCAUGCCUUCAGACAAUGGUUCCAUCUAUCCCACAUCGGGGGCUCGUCCAAACUCUACUCGUAUCGACUCUCCUGGUGGAACGAAGCGACAUACUUCGAUUGGGAGCCGACACUCGUUCUUCGGAGCUGCAGAUGAAGGUGAGGAGGACGGCGACGACGAGGGGGACGACGGCGAUGAGAUUCGUGUUGGCCACAAUUUUACGUUUAUUCCGCCAAAUCCCAAGAAGUUCUACAGGCGUCUCGUCGAAUACUGUCUCGUCACGGAUCUAGAGUUCAUGUUCAGCCCCGAAGUGGACGAUGCUGAUGAAGUUCCCUUGAGUAUCCUCAGUCCUCCUCACGUGGAACUUAUAAACGAGUGUGCGAUGCGUUGGCGCAUAAACCAUACGUAUCGUGUAACACAACUAUAUGAGCGUAGCGACGUUCCCAUGGAGUGCAUACCAGAGGCCCUGCAAGGCAUCACGAAGUUAUUGCAAGAUCUCGAGAUUGACAAGUGGCCCAUCCAUGAUUCAGAAUUAUUGGCAUCCAUCUAUGGUGGACUUUACAACAUCUUCCUCUCUUCUCUAUAUCACGCCGUGGAUGCUUUGCCGAACCUAAAAGUCAGCGUGGUUCAGCCAUAUCUCACUGUUCUCGACCACGUACGGGAGAGUGGACUCAUCGAGCGUUUUGAGGCAGAUAUCAGUGCCCGUUUGGCAGACUUGACGACUCGUAUACAAGAUGUGUCAGUCCAGUAUUAUCAAGAGAAGAUGCAAUCUUUGCAAGCAAGCCCCGGAGUCAACCGGGCGUUACCAUUGCUGCUGAUGACGGACGAACUGGAGAAGGCAGCCAAACAACUGGACAAGCGAUUUCCUGAUCCCCUUGUUGGGGUGGUGGAUUUAGUUUCUCUUGUGGUGGAAGCCCAGGUUCCACUGUUUAUCAGCGAACUUCAGAACUCCUCGAAGCGUUUGUAUGAAUCGUCGAUGAAUGGUCCAACUCCAGAUGUGCCUAUACAAGACAUAUUUUCGCUCUACCGACGAACGCAAGCAUUGCUGUCAAUGUACAAGGCAUUUGCUCCUCAGGGACAACUGGAGUUCGACCUUGGGCAGUUUUUCAUGCCAUACGUUCAUCAAUGGCUCGUCGACACGGACAAUAAGACCGGCCAGUGGGUGCAAGCUGCAAUAGCGGCGGACAAGUUCGAGGCAGAGAAUACAGAAGGGCACAGUGCAUCUAUCGUCGACCUCUUUGAUUCCCUCCGUAGUCCAAUAUCUUUCUUGCAAGACCUCGAGUGGUCAGAUGAGUAUCAGGAGGCGAGAUUCCUUACCAGUCUCUCCAAGACGAUAUCCAAGGCAAUCGAGCAAUACUGUCGCUCUGUCGAAGAGCUUUUCAUGACAGAGAUGUUUCCGCGCCCAGCGGACUACCUGCAGCCGCAGAAAUCCUCUGCCUGGCUCGAGAGAGCCAAGUUGCUUGCAACGACAGGCGAGAAGAAAGUCGAACCAUUCAACUUCCGCCCAGAGUCUUGCGUCAAGCUGAACAACGUCGAAGCUGCGCGGAAGCUUCUUGACAACCUAUAUAACCAGAUACAGGUGGACAAGCGGGCGCGAUUCCUGUUUGCUGUGAAGAUUGUUAUGGCAGAGGACUUGAUACCACUUGAUAGUAGUCCGUCCUCAUUGCUAGACACCUUCGUGACGCUCAGCGACGAGGCUGGGAAUCGCCUUGUAAAGACCAGGACGAUUUAUGAGAGCUUGAACCCGCGUUGGGAAGAGACUCAUGACAUAUCAGUCGACAAGCCUUUAUGGUUAAUGUGCAGUAUACGUGAUCGCGCGCUCGUGGGUCAACAUGACGUUGUUGGCCGGUCCUUCAUAUGCCUCAAUCCCAAGGAAUUUGGCGAUUUCUUGACCCACGAUGUGUGGCUGAAUCUUGAGAACACCAACCAUGGUCACCAAGGGAGGAUACUUCUUCGAAUAAGUAUGGAAGGUGAGAAAGAUGACGUGCAGUUCUACUUCGGCCGGGCUUUUCGAUUCCUGAAGCGGAGUGAGGGAGACAUGAUGCGGAUAUUCGUCGACAAAAUGUCACCAUACAUACGACAGUCACUGUCCCGACCUAUCCUCAAAACCUUGAUCAAAGCCGGAUCUCUGGGGCUGGAUUACAACAAGGCACUUGGGAAUGUCACAGCGCUCUAUCGCUCCGCACUGGGCUCUAACGCCAGUGAGGUGCAGGUACCUCUUCCUCAGAACGAGAAAUCUCGCGUUCGGCCCGAGGAACUUACUGACGUGGAGAUUGAGCGCGCGAUCAUUCCUCUGUUCGAUUAUUUCGACGCCAACCUUCAUAUUCUCAACACCUAUCUUAGCGAGACCGCAAAAGAUAUGGUGAUGAUGAGGGUCUGGAAGGAGAUCCUGGUCGUAAUAGAGGGUCUGCUCAUACCGCCAUUGUCCAAGCUCUCGAGCGACAUGAAACCACUCAGUGACAAGGAGGUAGACAUUGUUUUCAAGUGGUUGAAGUUCCUCCGCGAUUAUUUCUAUGCGGAAGGCGAAGGCGUUCCGCUGGAAAAGCUACAAAACCAAAAAUAUCGGGAUGUUGUCUCCAUUCGCUUGUACUAUGACUGGCAUACGGAUACUCUUAUGGAAGAGUGCGUGCGUGCUAUGCAGCAAAGCUUGCGUGAAGCUGUUCCGGUCAAGAAGCGCGUGAAGAGUGUCUAUAACCAGCGGAAUCUAGGGACCAUCAAGGAGCGCAAGAAGGUAAAGAAAGAAGAGAAGGAAGUCUCGAACGGUGAAACUAUCAUGAGAAUCCUUCGCAUGAGACCAAACACACAAGAGUUCAUUACCCAGCAGCUUGAAAUGAUGACGACUGUGCAAGCCGAGCGCGAACGCACACAAGCUGAUAAACAGCAGCGAAGAUCUCAACGACCGCGGCAGUCGGAAAUUCCUGAAGUUCCGCCGUUGCCCUCCGCUGCCUCGUAGCCUUUGUAUAUCACAACCCGUAUACCCUACAGGCCAUUUGUGUCAUCUGUUGACGUAUCUUAGGAUGGGACGAUGUGUUUACCUGUGUGUCCAAGAAUUGAAUUAUUACGAACUCUCUAGUAGAGUGGACAAUAACUGACGUACGAGAGGCUGCGGAAAUUAUACUUGGAUCCAGAAAGUGCAGUCUCAAACGUACAACGUAAUGCACAUCCCGUCUAUACGCAUCGAGAUCAAUGUGAUGUAAAUCCUUUUGGUGAGUCAUAUUGAAACAUGGAGACACGACCAACUUGUUCUUUUCGGAUGAGUUGUGAUCACGGUGAGGUAAUGUGGUGGUCAAAUGAUCAGAGUGCUGGGGAUUAACCAGGGGAUUCCACACCGGGGCAUUCAUGAAUCUAGAGGUGCG